CUCAACUGAUUAGCUUGACUCUCAACUUCAAAAGCUCAUCGAAAUAAUAUAACAAUUCACUUUCUUGAUCCAUCAUCUUACAUACAUACUCUUUUCUUUUCUCAAUUCAUCAAUCAAAACCUCAUUCUUAAUCUCAGAUAACUCAAAAUGGAAGGAGACUAUAAUUUUCCAACUAAUCGAUUACGUUCACUCCAAGAUGAUUCCAAGACUCCUUUAGUUUUCGUGGCUUGUGGUUCAUUCAGUCCAGUGACCUUUUUACAUUUAAGAAUGUUUGAAAUGGCAAGAGACCAUGCAAGAGUUCAUACAGAGUUUGAAGUAGUAGGAGGAUACUUAUCAUUAGUGAAUGAUGCGUACAAGAAACCGGGUUUAGCAGCUUCUAUCCAUCGAUACAAGAUGUGUGAAAUAGCUUGUGAAGAGACGAGUGAUUGGUUAAUGGUCGAUCCAUGGGAAGCGAGACAGAUUGAGUAUUCUCCCACGGCUAGAGUCUUGGAUCAUUUUGAUCAUCAGUUGAAUGGGUUGGCAAACGGGGUGGUUUCGGUUCAGACCGGUCAACGUAAACCGAUUAGGAUCAUUCUUUUGGCUGGUAGUGAUUUGAUUCAAACUAUGAGUGAACCGGGUUUAUGGGCAGAAGAGGAUCUUCAUCAUAUCUUGUCUCGUUACGGAUGUUAUAUAAUCGAACGAGCCGAAUCUGAAAUCGACCAAUCACUCUUCUCACCCUCUUCGGUCCAUUCAAGAUCACCUUUAUCACUCUACAAACAUCAAAUCUAUAUGGUACCUCAGUUAGUAAGGAAUGAUGUGUCGUCAACUAAAGUCAGAUUGUUUGUUCGUAAAGGAAUGUCCAUUGAAUAUUUGAUUCCUUCAGGUGUGAUUAAGUAUAUUAAAUUACAUUCACUUUAUCAAGAUGAGAUGUCACAUCUAUCGAUGAGUUCGAUUAAUACUCCUAUGAUCGAAGGGUCUUCUUCUCCUUUCUUUAAACAUACUUUAGAUCCUCCUUCUAAUCUUCCUUUGCAAAACCCUUCUAAUCUUUCGAUUUAGAAACCUCCUUUUCCUCUUUUUUUCUCAUUUUUGAGGGCUUGUAUUGCUUUUUUUUUCUUACUUUUGGAAACCUUGAUCAAUAGAAUUCAUCUUACCAAACUCAGAAAAAAAAACCCACAAUCACUUCCUUUUUUUUCAUACUUGUUCUGUUCUGUUUUUUUUCUUUUUUUUUCUCUCUAUCAUCAUUCUUUUUCUUAAGAAACCUUGUGAUAUAUCUCUUUUCUUUGAUCUUUUUUUUAAAUCAUGUACUCUUAUCCUCUACCAAACCCUUAUAGCAUCUCUUUAUCUAUUAUACUUUUUUUUGCAUAUUAAAAUAUUUUGCUUCUUUUUUUGGUUUUGAUGGGUUGGCCUAUAUAUAUAGAUAUAAUUUAUGAGAUUCUUUUUUUAAGAUG